AGGAGUGUGAUGCGAGGACAUGAGUGUUUGGCUGAGGAGGAAUGUGUCCGUGUACUCUCCACUGCUCCUCUCUUCUUUUCUACUGCUCUGUUCUUCCUAACCCCCUCCUUCCCCAUCCAGCCGCUGGCUGAGUUCCCUUCGUUCCUCUUGUAUCUCAGUGCCAAGACCAGAGCCCUUCAGUGGACUGAGCCGUUUGAUUCAUGCGAGUGCUGAUUCACGCCCUGCGAUCUGGGGAGUGAGGGCGGGCAGCACAGGAUUUCCUCUCUCUCUACAUCCAUAAUUCAGCGUUCGCACCUUCCUCCUACUCCUCUUCUCCUCUUUGCCUUCUUCUUCUUCUUCAUACUGCUGCUGCUGCCUUACGCUGCCGUUGCUUUUGAUGUUGUAUUAGGUUACACUCCAGUUCCAUCACAGCCUACCUGAGGUAUCAUUCACUGAGACGGAGCUCCGCUGUCUCCACUCAAAGUACACAGAGGAUAAGUGGUGACGAUUGGGAGACCAAGGACAUUGAUCUAUGUGAGGAGGGUCCACAGUGCCAAACAACAAGGAAAGACAGAAUGGUCACCAUAAUCAACUCCAGUUUCUGGUAAAACUACAAAAGCCAUUGUCCGUACGUUUCGUACUCUAGACCCUGGCUGUUCCAUGAUGUAAAUGAAGCUUGCCUUGAUUCUCCUCAAUUGACAGUUAGACCAUGAACCUUAGAGAUUCUAUCGUUGCACGGACCAGACCUUCCCCAGUUUGGAUUUAGCGCCGCCCUCAUCUGUCCAUCGAAACCGCCAGCCACGUGAGGCUGCAGCGGUGGCCGGUGGUGGUGGCGGUGGUGGGAGGACCUUCACACAUAGCGCAAAGCACGCUGGGAUAUUUUUCCAAAAACACACUGAGGCACCACCAUGAGGAUAUCCACCACCUCCUGUCUUUGUCACAUACUGGUCGGCCUUUGCUUCAUCCAGAGGUGCUAUGGGGCUAGCCAUCAUAUCCCAGCAGACAAAGUGACCAUCGCCAAGAACCAGACCAAACUGGCCAAUGGUGAGACAGAAGUGCAUCACAGGCCUAAACGUGGCUGGAUCUGGAACCAAUUCUUUGUUUUAGAAGAACACAUAGGACAGGACACUCAAUACGUGGGAAAGCUUCAUUCCAACUCUGACAAAGGGGAUGGCUCCGUAAGGUACAUUCUGAGUGGGGAAGGCGCUGGGAGUAUAUUCAUCAUCAACGAGGUGACAGGAGAUAUUCAUGCAACAGAAAGCCUGGACCGGGAGAGGAAAGAUCACUAUGUCCUCCACGCACAAGCCUUCGACCGCAACACUGAAAAGCCCCUGGAACCAAAGUCAGAAUUCAUCAUCAAAGUCCAGGACAUCAAUGAUAACGCCCCAACAUUUCCAGAUGGUCCUUUUGUAGCUGCUGUGCCUGAGAUGUCUGUAGUGGGUACUUCGGUAUAUCAAGUUACUGCAACGGACGCUGAUGACCCCACAUAUGGAAAUAGUGCCCGAGUUGUCUACAGUAUUCUCCAAGGACAACCAUAUUUCUCUGUUGAUCCCAAAACUGGAGUCAUCAGGACUGCCUUAGCCAACAUGGACCGGGAGGCGAGAGAACACUAUGCUGUAGUCAUUCAAGCCAAAGACAUGGCAGGAUCAGUUGGAGGACUUUCGGGGUCCACCACUAUCAACAUCACCCUCACCGACGUCAACGACAACCCUCCCAAGUUCCCGCAAAAAAAUUACCAGCUGUACGUCCCUGAGUCGGCCCAGGUUGGCAAGCCAGUGGGGAAGAUAAAAGCCAAUGACGAGGACCUUGGCGUCAAUGCAGAGAUCAAGUACAGCAUCAUCAACUCAGAAGGAGCAGCCACGUUCUCAAUCAACACUGACAGGGACACCAGGGAGGGAAUCAUCAGCCUCAAGAAGCCACUGAACUACGAGAGGAAGAAAACCUACACCCUUCAAAUUGAGGGAGUGAAUAGCCACUUGGAGCCUCUUUUUUCCUACCUUGGUCCUUUCAAAGACACUGCCACCCUAAAGAUCACUGUGGGAGAUGUGGACGAACCGCCUGUUUUCUCUAUGGACUAUUACAUCAUGGAUGUUUAUGAAAACGCUCGGAUUGGUAGAGAGGUGGGGGCUGUAACUGCCAGGGAUCCAGACAGCAAAAACAGUCAUGUCAGGUAUUUCAUCGACCACAGUGAGCACAGCGAUAAGUAUUUCAACAUCGACAUGGAUAGCGGAGUUAUAAAGACUACCCAGAGUCUGGACCGGGAGGACAUGCCAUGGCAUAACAUCACUGUGAUAGCUUCGGAGGUUGAGUCGUGGCUGAACGACGACACUAUCAACAUACAGCUGGCUGGUUAUACGCUGCAUCGGCAGGAUAGAACAGCGGCGUCUGACAACCCUAGCCUCCUCAGCCACGUCCCCGUCACUGUGCAGGUGUUGGAUGUGAACGACAACCCUCCUGAAAUUAACAAGGACAAGGAGGUCAUUGUGUGUGAGAGCUCAAGGCCAGGACAGGUGAUUCAGACUAUGACUGCAGUGGAUAAGGAUGACUUUGCAAACGGACAGCGAUUCUCCUUCUCGUUGCCGAGUGGAAUCCCGGUCAACCCCAACUUCACCCUCAAGGACAACGAAGACAACACAGCGAGCAUCAUCACACGGCGGAGGCAGUUCAGCCGGCUCGUCCAGGAGCUAUACGAGCUCCCCAUAGUGGUGUGGGACGGUGGGGAGCCAGCGCUGAGUGGCACUAGUACACUGACCCUGCGGGUGUGCCCGUGCCAGCGCAACGGGAGGGUGCAGACGUGCCAGGAUGAGAGGGGCCUCCUCUCCUCGGCAGGCCUCAGCACGGGGGCCCUGAUCGCCAUCCUGCUGUGCAUCGUCAUCCUGCUGGCGAUCGUGGUUCUGUUCAUCACCCUGCGACGGAGCAAGAAGGAGCCCCUCAUCAUCUCCGAGGAGGACGUCCGCGAGAAUGUGGUAACAUACGACGACGAGGGGGGCGGCGAGGAGGACACUGAGGCCUUCGACAUCAUCACCCUACGGAACCCGGCCGCCGCCGAGGAGCUCAAGUUCAGGCGGGACAUCCGGCCGGAGGCGGCUCGACAACGCGGGCAAAACCGAGGCCGCCACAGUCCCCCGGAGCUGAACCAGGUGGAUGUGCAGGAGUUUAUUAAACAAAGACUGGUGGAGGCGGACAUGGACACUAGCGGGCCUCCAUAUGACUCCCUCCAGACCUACGCAUACGAGGGUCAAAUGUCUCCGACAGGUUCCAUCAGCUCUCUGGACUCCCCGGGAACACACUCAGAACAGGAUUAUAACUACCUGGACGACUGGGGGCCUGAGUUUCAGAAACUGGCAGAACUCUACGAGGAGGAUACGGAUGUAGCAGUUGCGGUGACAGUGGCGACCUAGCCUGUCAACGUCGGUCACACCGUCUGUAAAACCAAAACCUUUCUCUCUCUGUCCUCCUCCUCGACUUGUUUUAAAACGAUAAAAUAGAAAUGCUUUUGAACUCGUUCCAGCUGAUCUACUUUUACUGUUGAAUUGCAGACUGCCCCUUUUUUCAGUUUUCCAUUUGGAACGUGGGUCUAGUAUGCGGAUGGAUUGCUUUUGGGGUGGAACAAUAUUAAGGAUAACGGAAAAAGGAAAAUAUUUUUCCUGUUGUAUAUUUUUUAUUGCUCAAUAAAGUCCUUAAUUCCAUAUGAGUGGAUAUAUGUGAAA